AUGAAUCCCACCUCCGCAGACCCAACAGCCGCCCCGCCGCCGCCGCAGCUGCAGCAGCCUCCGAGAUCCUCCUUCAGCUGCGACCGCCACCCCGCCGAGCAGUUCACCGGAUUCUGCCCCUCCUGCCUAUGCGAGCGCCUCACCUCCCUAGAUCACUCCUCCUCCAACACCCCCUCCUCCUCCCGCCGCCCCUCCUCCGCCUCCGCCGCCAUAAAGUCCCUGUUCUCCUCCAAGAAUGCCUCCCUCCCGCCGCCGCCUCCGGCGGCCCCCAAAAUCUCGAAACCCUCGUUUUUCCCCGAGCUGCGCCGGACCAAGUCCUUCUCCGCCUCGAAGAACGAGGCCCUCGGGCUUUCGUUCGAGCCACAGAGAAAGUCCUGCGAUGUCAGGGCGAGGAGCACCCUCUCGACCCUCUUCACGCUCGACGGCGGCGCUAAAUCCGCCGCCGGAAACAGUAAUCUGAACUGCAGCAAACCCUCCUCCGUCCUGACCUCCUCAAUUGCCUCAACCUCUCACCAAAACCCACCAAACGCCAAAAAAAUCGAAUCUUUCGUAGCCUAUGAAGCGGAAAAUGAUUCCCACAAGGACCCUGUUCUUGUGUACGAUGAUGACACCAAUGACGAUGGAGAUGAAAUUAGGCCCGUUCAAGACACCCAUUUGGAAAAUAUGAGAAAUUCGUUCUCAAACGAGCUCAAUAGCAACGAGAUAGUCGAAGAAGACGACAGCUUGAAGCCCAUGAAAGACCACAUUGACCUCAACACUCGAGAAAAGAAGAGCUCGGGAGGCGGCGUGUUCUGGUCUGCGGCCUCGGUUUUCAGCAAGAAGUGGCACAAAUGGCGGCAGAAGCAAAAGACGAAAAAGCCCUCCACAAACGGCUGCAACUUUGCAGCUUUACCGGUCGAAAAGCCGAUGUCGAGGCAGUUCAGGGAGACCCAAUCCGAAAUCGCCGACUAUGGCUUCGGCCGGCGGUCCUGCGACACGGGCCCAAGAUUCUCCCUUGACGCGGCCCGAAUAAGCCUAGACACGGGCCCAAGAUACUCGUUCGACGAGCCGCGGGCCUCGUGGGAUGGCCACUUGAUUGGGCGGAGCUUCUCGAGAAUGGCCCCCAUGGUCUCAGUCAUGGAGGAGCGACACAUUACACGCUCGGACAUGCAGAUUCCGGUGGAGGGCAAUUUGGUAAUUUGCGCCAAGGACGGCGAAAACGUUCCGGGAGGGUCGAUGCAGACGAGGGAUUACUAUCUCGACUCGUCGUCCUCCCGGAGGAGAAAGAGCCUGGACAGGUCUGACGAGCUGAGGUCGGUUUCUUAUGCAAUAAUGAUGGGUGGUGAGAACGGUAAUACUAAUAACUUGAGGGACUCGAGCGUAAAUUCGCAGUCUUUCUUGAGGGAUGAUUGUUCGGAGACAUUCGAGUUGAACAGUGGUGUGUUUGGGGACAAUGGGAAUUGUUUGGUGGGGAGUGGGGAGAAGAAGGAGCCGAAAAAGUCGAGGAGGCUGUGGAGUUGGAGGAUAUGGGGUUUUAGUUUAAUAAGUCGACGUAAUAGUAAUGGAACUAAUCAUAGUAGUAAGGAUGAGUACGAGGGCUGUCGAGGGAAUGGGGUAGAAAGGUCAUUUUCCGAGUCUUGGCAAGAUUUGAGAAUGAAAAACGGAGACUUUAAGGGUGAGAUGAGCCGGAACAUGUUAAGGAGCAAUAGUAGCGUGAGCUCGUUUCGGAGCAUGAGCAAAACGAAAAAAGACGAGUUUGUUUUGGAGAAGAAUCGGAGUGUGAGGUACUCUGCUAACGAAGUUUCGGAUAAUGGGCUUUUGAGAUUUUACUUGACGCCUAUGAGGAAUAGUAGCCGGAAAAUGGGGUUUAAAACGAGUAAUUCACACUCGAUUGCUAGGAGCGUGCUGAGGCUGUAUUGA